AUGGGGGGCCGGGCGCUCCUCGCCCUGUGCCUCCUCGCCGCCGCAGGUGGCCGGCGGGGCGGGGAGCCGGGGCGGGGCGGCACCGCCCGCGCCCCCCAGCCGCCCCCGCGCCCGCCCGCGCCCCGCGCCCCGCGCCCCGCGCCCGGGUCUCCAGCGCACCUGCCGGCCGCCGCGUCCCGCGCUCGCCGUGCCGGGACCCGGGCCGCGGAGGCGGCGUCUCGGGGGGGCCGGGCCGGGGCGCCGGGGGCGGCGGGCGGCCCGGGGGGACGGGGCCCCGCGCUGGGGAGGAUGCGGCACCAUCCCCGGGACGGCGGCCGGGCCGGGGCCGAGGGUGCGCUCGCGCUGGACGGCCGGCGGAUCUACCUGGCGGCCCCGCGCCGACCCCGGGCCCCCCGCGCGCCCCCCACUCCCCGGGCACCCCGCUUUCCCCAAGGCGGCCCCGCGCCCUUGCAGCCCCUGAGCGAGCAGCCCGCGGAGGCCCGGACGCCCGCAAAGGGUAUCAUGGAGACCCGUGAAGGCCAGGCCGGGGAGACAGCGGGGCAUACAGACCUGGUCCACGCCAACGCUCUGUCACACACUCAAAACGAGACGUAUUCGCUAGGGGCUCCCAGUUCUUCUACCUUCGUCCAGUUUGCGCCUUACUCACCGCGGGUUCGAGAUGGAGGGAAGGAUUCCACGGGAAUGAAGGAGGGCGUGGGACGGAGACGUUUGCCCGUGGACGGCCCGGUCUCCUUUGCUGCAACAGAAGACGUGGGAGAGAAAGGCAUCCCUUGUCCCACGCCGGGCUGGCGUGUCACCGCUCUCCGGGCGCUGAGCCUUCGGCGGGAGCUCCGAGGGGACACGCGAGGAGCCUGCAAGUGCGUGGCCUCCCGGCAGGUCAGCCGAGCUGACCUGGAGGCCACCGGCUCCGCUGCGGCCGGCCUCGUCACCUCCCCAGGGGUGGCCUGCGUGGCAGCUUGA